AUGGACUCGACCGAGGACUACAAGAAGAAGACGCGCGAGUCGUUUGGUGUCUUUUUUUUGGGCGGCAAAAGCCGUUACGGUCGGUCUGUUCGUUCGGAAGAGAAGGCGUUCGUUUCAGGUUCGCAAGAAGGCGUUCGUUUCAGGUUCAGAAGAGAAGGCGUUCGUUUCAGGUUCGCAAGAAGGCGUUCGUUUCAGGUUCGCAAGAAAGCGUUCGUUUCAGGUUCGCAAGAAAGCGUUCGUUUCAGGUUCGCAACAAGGCGGUCGUUUCAGGUUCGCAACAAGGCGGUCGUUUCAGUCAAACAUUCUCUUUCUUUGUCUUCCUUAUAUCGCUCAAUCAAAAACAUUUCUCUCACUCUUUCUCUCUUCAGGGCAAUCAAAAUUUCUCUCUCUCUCUCUCUCUCUCUUUCUCUCUCUCUCUCUCCUGUUAAACACUCUUUCUCUGUCUUUCUCAUAGCGCUCAAUCAACAUUACUUUUACUUUCUCAAUUCCUCCCUUCCCUCCCGAUUGGUCAAUCAAAAUCUCUCUAAUUUUGCUCGAUCAGUACUACUCUCUCUGUCUCUCUCUUUCAUUAUCUCCUCUAAAUUAAAGUCACUCACUAACUCACUCUCUUUCCCCCCUCUCUCUCUCUCUCUCUCUCUAUCUAUCUAUCUAUCUCUUUGUCUCUUCUCACCACCAAUAAAUCAAAAUGUCUCUCUCUCUGUCUAUCUCUCUCUCUCUUUUCCUUCUCUUACCGUGAAACACACACACUCUCUCUCUCUCUCUGUGUGUCUUCCUCAUAUCGCUCAAUCAACAUCAUUUUUUUCUUCUCUCUAUUCCCCGUUUGGGCAAUCAAAAUCUCCCCCCUCCUCUCUCUCUCUCUCUGUCUCUCUGUCUAUCUCUCUUAUUCACGCUCAAUCAGCACUACUCUCUCUCUCUCUUUCUUAUUCCCCCAUAACGGUCAAUCAAAACCACUCACUUUUUCUCUGUCUCUCUCUCUCUCUUUCUCUCUUUCUGAUUCUUCCCGCUAAUAAAUCAAAAUAUCUCUCUUUCUCCCUCUUCUCCUACAAUGAUUACGCUAUCUCGUUCCUUACCACUCAGUCAGUAUUACUUCUUCCCCUCACUAAUCAAUCACUCCUCAUCAUUCCGCACUCACUCUCUCCUACCGAUCAGUUAAUGUCUCUCUUCCCCUUGAACAUGCAACUGGUCAUUCAGAAACUUACUAUUGGUAGCACAAGAUACAUUCAUGUCGGCUGA